UGGCACGGGGCCGGGAACAGGCGCGGGGCCGUCGGAGGGACAAUGCGGCUUUGUGCUGCCGGUACCAUCGGGGAUGGGCGGCCGAGGCACGAAAACAAGGGGCUGCGGGAUGGCAUGACGCGGUGCCGGCUGGCACUGCCACCGCCAGCGCCGGGCACGGCCGCGCCACAGCCGCCGGGGCUGCCGGAGCGGGACGAUGCUGCCGGGCGGCCGGUGCCCGUCCCGGAGGCACUCCUGCAUCGGCUUUGACCUGGAGAAUGGCCCCCCCGGGCGGGGCGCCCUGGACCCCCAGGCCAGCCCGGGCGCGGGGCUGGUGCUGCAGGGCUCCUUCUCGCACGGCCAGCGCCGCGAGUCCUUCCUGUACCGCUCCGACAGCGACUACGACCUGUCCCCCAAAGCCAUGUCCCGCAACUCCUCCAUCGCCAGCGACCUGCAUGGAGAAGACAUGAUCGUCACCCCCUUUGCCCAGGUCCUGGCCAGCCUCCGCACCGUCCGCAGCAACCUGAGCCACCUGCAGGAGCGCGCUGGCAUCAAGCGGGGAUCGAGCAGCAGCCUGCCCUCGGGGAGCAAGGCCAGCCUGUCCGAAGAUGCCCACCAGAAGCUCUCGAGGGAGACCCUGGAGGAGCUGGAUUGGUGCUUGGACCAGCUGGAGACGCUGCAGACCAGGCACUCGGUCAGCGAGAUGGCCUCCAACAAGUUCAAGCGGAUGCUGAACCGGGAGCUGUCGCACCUGUCGGAGACCAGCCGCUCGGGGAACCAGGUGUCCGAGUACAUCUCCAGCACCUUCCUGGACAAGCAGCACGAGGUGGAGAUCCCCUCGGCGCUGGCGAAGGACAAGGAGAAGGAGCGGAGGAAGCGGCCCAUGUCCCAGAUCAGCGGCGUCAGGAAGCUCAAGCACAGCUCCAGCCUGGCGGCCGCCGGCAUCCCACGCUUCGGGGUGCGCACGGAGCACGAGGCGCUGCUGGCCAAGGAGCUGGAGGACACCAACAAGUGGGGGCUGGACGUGUUCAAAGUGGCCGAGUACUCGGGGAACCGCCCGCUCACCGUCAUCAUGUACAGCAUCUUCCAGGAGCGGGACCUGAUGAAGACCUUCCGCAUCCCCGUCAACACCUUCAUCACCUACAUGCUGACGCUGGAGGAUCACUACCACGCCGACGUGGCCUACCACAACAGCCUGCACGCCGCCGACGUGGCGCAGUCCACGCACGUCCUGCUCUCCACACCGGCCCUGGAGGCUGUCUUCACGGACCUGGAGAUCCUGGCUGCCAUCUUUGCCAGUGCCAUCCAUGACGUUGACCACCCCGGGGUCUCCAACCAGUUCCUCAUCAACACCAACUCAGAGCUGGCCCUGAUGUACAACGACGCCUCGGUGCUGGAGAAUCACCACCUGGCCGUGGGCUUCAAGCUCCUGCAGGAGGAGAACUGUGACAUCUUCCAGAACCUGAGCAGGAAGCAGAGGCAGACGCUCCGUAAAAUGGUCAUCGACAUGGUGCUGGCCACGGACAUGUCCAAGCACAUGAACCUGCUGGCGGAUCUGAAGACCAUGGUGGAGACCAAGAAGGUGACCAGCCUGGGAGUGCUGCUGCUGGACAACUACUCCGACCGAAUCCAGGUCCUGCAGAACAUGGUGCACUGCGCCGACCUCAGCAACCCCACGAAGCCUCUGGAGCUGUACCGGCAGUGGACCGACCGCAUCAUGGUGGAGUUCUUCCACCAGGGGGACCGGGAGCGGGAGAAGGGCAUGGAGAUCAGCCCCAUGUGCGACAAGCACACCGCCUCCGUGGAGAAAUCACAGGUGGGAUUCAUCGACUUCAUCGCCCACCCGCUGUGGGAGACCUGGGCCGACCUGGUGCACCCCGACGCGCAGGAGCUGCUGGACACGCUGGAGGACAACCGCGAGUGGUACCAGAGCAUGAUCCCGCGCAGCCCCUCUCCUCCUCCCGAGGCGCCCGCAGUGUCCCCUGCCACCACCGACAAGUUCCAGUUCGAGCUGACGCUGGAGGAGGAAGAGGAGGAGGAGGAGGGUGAGUCGGACACGGAGCUGGAGGGCGCCGAGAGCCCCCUGGACGAGGACAACAGCGGCUCCAAGACGCCGGGCACGGAUGACUCGGAGGCUGCCGACACCAAGGGCCCCUGCCCCGGCCCCGGGGACGUGGACAACCGGCGGGCGCUGCAGGGGACGCUGCCCAAGGACGGUGGCAGCGGGGGCUCCGUGCCAGGGCCCGAGGGCAGCCAGGGGCUGUGCCUGGACACGGAGGGCAAUGUCACAUUCCUGUCCCUGGGCACGUAGCGGCACCGGCCCGGGCGACGUGGGACUGGGCACUGCCCUGAGCAGGGCUGGGGACACUGGGGAGCACUGGCACUGCACGGACUCGGGGACACCCAGGAUGUGUCCCUGUUUGGGAGCUGGGCAGGUCCUGACAGGUAUGAGGAUGUUGCUGGCCUUGUCCUGGGAAAGGUCCCUGUCCUGGGAAAGGUCCCUGUCCCUUCACACAGGUGUGGGGACACUGCUGGCCUUGUCCUGAGAAAGGUCCCUGUCCCUUCACACAGGGCGUGGGACAGCCCAGCCUGUGCUCCGUGCCCAGCCCAGCCCUGGGGCCAUCACACCCCACAGGGCUGCAGGAAGGAGCAUUCCAGCACUUUCCAGGUGUCCCCUGGCAGGACGGCAGCCCCGUGGUGGCACCAGGUGGGCAGAGGGUGUGCCGGUGACCCCCCCAGCACGAGGCACCCCCAGGCACGGCACGGGCACGGCUCAGUGGUUUAUUUAUUUGGGGGAUAAGUUCACUUUUUAAAGCCUUUUGUAGCUCACUUUUUACUACGAGCCUCCCCGAGGCUCACACACAUCUUCGGGGCGGAAAGAUGCAUUUUUUUGGGGGGAGGAAAGUUCCAUUUCUGCUCUGUCAUCACUCCAAACGCCAUUUGUACUUCACAUUUCGGACCCUGGCGGGUGCUGUCACCACCCCUUACCCCCAUCUCCGUUAUCCUGCCUGGGGCAGGGUCCUUUGGGAUUCUUCCUUCACCUUCCAGAGAUUAAACCCGGUUUGUUCCACCCUUAA